CUAGCAGGGAUGAAGACACAGUUCUCCCUCUCACAACACAGACUUCCGGUGUCUCGCGUGAAACAUGGCUGUUUGGCAGGCCAAUCACAAGUCCGGGAUGAGCUGUGAUUCGCCAACACGAGUCAAAGGGGCAGAACGGGCAGCUCAAUGGACCAAUGGCUGGCUGCGAACCACAAACUCAUUGGCCAAUGGAGGUGGGGGAACAGAGUCCAGCGGGUCAAGGGGUGAGUCUUGGACCACACGGUCGUAAUAUUCAAACGUCCCCGCAUCAAACCAGUGUGUUCUGUCCUAGUUGGAGGAGCUUUACCCAGAAGUCCAACAUAAGAUCACUAUGUAGAGGAGAGGAGAAUGGUGGGGGGGAGAACGAUCUUCGAUCAUUGACCGCGAUCGGAUAAGGACUGCAAUCCAGAACCGAGAAUGGACUUCGCAAUGCUGGAUUGGAACCACACGCUGACACGGAGUCUGUUAGUCGUGGCUGUUACUUUCCUGAGCGCGCUGCACGCCGUGCGUUGGCUGCGCAGCGGUGCGCUGCUGCAGAGCGGAGCCGGUCGACGGAGCGGCGCGCAGCCGCCCGGACCCUUCGCUUGGCCCAUCAUCGGGAACGCCGCACAGAUGGGGAACGCGCCUCAUAUAUAUUUCAUGCGAAUGGCAAAGAAGUACGGAAACGUGUUUCAGAUCAAAUUAGGCAACCAGACCGUUUUGGUGCUCAACGGCGCCGCCAUCAAACAAGCGCUCGUCAAGCAGGCUCCUGAUUUUGCCGGGAGACCGGACUUCACUUCUUUCCGGUUCAUCGCAAACGGGGAAAGCUUGGCGUUCGGCACGGUCAACGAUUUGUGGAAAUCGAAGCGCAAAGUGGCACACGCCACCGUCAGGUCGGUGUCCACAGGGAACUUGCACACCAAGCACGCGUUCCAAAACCACAUCGUCUGCGAGGUGAAGGAACUUCUGCGACUGUUUCUGGACAAAACGCGAGAGGAGCGCUACUUCCAGCCCAUGGUGUACCUGGUGGUGUCCACGGCCAACAUCAUGAGCGCCGUGUGCUUCGGGAAGCGCUACUCGUACGACGACGCGGAGUUCCAGCAGGUGGUUGGGCGCAACGACCAGUUCACCAAGACGGUGGGCGCCGGGAGCAUGGUGGACGUGAUGCCCUGGCUGCAGUACUUCCCCAACCCCAUCAAGACAUUAUUUGAGGACUUCAAGACCCUCAACUAUGAGUUCAACUUAUUUAUCGGCAAAAAGGUCACCGAACAUAGGAAAACGAUCGAGUCGAGCUCCAUCAGAGACAUGACGGACGCACUUAUUCUGGCGAUGGACCACAUCAGAGACCCCGCCAAGGGGGUCUCGGUCCAACAGGACCACGUGCCGCCCACUGUGGCGGACGUGUUCGGAGCCAGCCAGGACACCCUCUCCACUGCGCUUUCGUGGAUUAUUUUAAUUCUCGUGAGGUUUCCGGAGAUGCAGCGGCGUCUCCAGGAGGAGGUGGACAAGGUGGUGGACCGCGAGUCCCUGCCCUCCGUCGAGGACCAGCCCCGGCUGUCCUACGUCAUGGCCUUCGUCUACGAGGUCAUGCGCUACACCAGCUUCGUGCCUCUGACCAUCCCGCACAGCACCACGGCGGACACCGUCAUCAUGGGCUACUCCGUGCCCAAGGACCGGGUGGUGUUCGUCAACCAGUGGUCCAUAAACCACGACCCGGCCGUCUGGUCCGAGCCGGGCGCCUUCCAGCCGACGCGCUUCCUGCGCCCGGACGGGUCCCUGAACAAGGACCUGGUGUCCAACGUGAUGAUCUUCUCCCUGGGGAAGCGGCGCUGCAUCGGAGAGGACCUGUCCAAGACGCAGCUGUUCCUCUUCACGGCGCUGCUGGCCCACCAGUGCCACAUCCGCUGCGACCCGGCCCACCCCCCCCAGAUGGACUACAGCUACGGGCUGACCCUGAAGCCGCUGCCCUUCUCCAUCGAGGUGGAGCUCAGGGACGACAUGCGCCUGCUGGACGAGUUCUGCCGCCCCUGAGCGGCGAGGCUCGUCGGAGCCCCGGCCACGCCCCGUUCCAAAGGACACGGAGAAACACUGAACCCCGAGCGAGGGGUUGGGUUGGUGAUUGGCUGAGAGGUGGAGAGGACGACCCACAGAGCGGGAGCUGCUGCUGAGCCUUUGGUUUGGAUCAAAUAUAUUUAUAAAUUCAGGCAGUUUUUCACCCUGGGCACAUGUUGUGUCCUUGACGCUUGACAUAGCGUAUCCUACUAUAGCCUGUAUAUUAUAUCUCAUUGGCAUCAAUAGAUAGGCUACCCGACAGGCUGUUUAGUUCUGUUCUGUGUUCAAUGGGAGCGAAAAACGAAAGUUAUCGCUAAGAGAUAGAAUAUGUUUUGAACAUUCAGUACAGAUGGAAGACCUUAAGCCUGCAAGAUGCCUUGAAAUCACAAGAUCGUAGAGGACCUGUCAUAUUGAAUCAGGUUAUAUGACAAAGGUUAUGGCUGGUGAUUAUGGGUCGUGGUGUGUGGGAGACUGUACACAACCAAUGAGCUUCUACAAUACAUGAAAAAAGAUGUACAAGAAACGGCAUCUAUAUAUCUCACAUAAACAGUGCAAAGUUUCUCAGGAACAAGGCCUUAUGAAUGUUGAUUAAGAGCUCACUGAUUUGGAUUGAAAAGGCAAUUAACUAUGAACACUGAAUAUUCUUUUCUUUUGUUGAAUGUUGCUUUGGUUUGUAAACAGUAUAAAGCACUAUGAAAAUAUAAAUAUUAGAUCUAUGUUAGAUCAGUGUUAUUUAGUCAUGUAGGUAUUAUUAUUACUGUAACCGUUACCCGUGAUAGCUUUGCUCAUGUUCCACUGUUCAUAAGCUCAAUAAUGAAAGGACGUUUACUUCAUAAACGUGCCAGUAAACAAAACUCUUUGGGGCAAAAGCAUAUUUAUUCAUUAAUUCAUUAAUGAUAUUUCCUCUUUCUGAAAAUAAGUCAUCUCAAAGAUCUGAAAACACAAGUUGUCUGUACAAAUUGCAUAAUCGGAUUGCUUCUAACAGACAAACCCACACACAAAGAUAGUAGGCCUACAUAUACCAUUACCACCACACACACAACCAUGACGACAUGUCUGUGCCAGUCUGUCUGUUGGCCCAGCGAAUGUUGAACUCGGACCCGGGAUCAGACGGAUGUGGUCCGACUGAUUCCGUUGUUGGGCUAGAGUUAGAGUAGUAUUUAGUAGUUAGAGUAGUUAGAGUAGAGAGUUCAAGUAUUAUAAAGAAAACAAGAUUGGACCUUAAGCAGUAAGAUAACAUUCAGAUGGUAAAACGCUUGCCACGAUUCUUCAACCGUGUGGAUCGGUUCUCCUCCUCUGAUUGCUACUUUUUACACAAUUUAUUACAGUUCUACUCUAAAUACUUGUAUGUAUACUCUGAGUACUGAAGUACGACGGCAAUUAUUUUCACCUGGUUCCACUGAUACAGUUCAAGGGAAGAUGUACGUCUAACUUGGGCAUUUAAACGGUUUCUAUUUCUGUGUCAAAGAUAUACAACUGUUGAACAGUUUAUUGUAUAAUCGUUUUCGAAAUGAUAAUAAAAACACUUGUUUGAUGAAUUAAGAUGUCAAAAGAUCAGAGAUGAUUACGUAGCAACAUAAAUUAUAUAUUUGAUGUUUUAAACAUGCAUUAUUACUUUUUAUUGAAUUUCUAGUCGAUGCCGUCCUCUUUAUAUCUUGAGAUAUGCUGCAUAUUAGUGCAGUUUAACUAUCAUGCAUAUUACUGCAGUUAAACUAUAUUGUAUAUAACUGUUAACUAUAAUUUAACUAUACUUUAUAACACUGCAGUUCAACUUUACUGUAGAUCUCGGCAAUUUCUCAAAAAAUGUAUAUCCAAGCAGUUUUAUCACACCGUAUAUCCCUGGUUUAUACGCAUGUAUCCCGUUCUACUAAGACAGGAAGUUGUUUGCUGUGAUAUUGCGCAGUUCCACUCAAUAAAAGGACAUUUUAACAAUA